AGAACACUACUUGUUGGUGGCAUGUUUGGAACGUGUGGCGUCAUAAUGAUUUAUGCUUGGAACUGGAAAUCAGUCAUUCGUGUUUUGCAAGAAAUUCACCAAAUAGAUCUGAAGUUUCAGUUGAUGAAACAUCCAGUUGAUUUCACUACCCAUAGACAACACAUCCUGCUAGGCAGCGGUCUGAGCUUGUUUCUACAUCAAUCCAUCCUGCUCUUCUACAACAUUAACACUACGAAGCACAUUGAAGAUCAAACUGUUUCGUGGCAAAUGAUACUUGGACAGAUCUACUUCAAUAUAGUGUACUUCUCAAUUGUAUGCCUUUUCUUUUGCAUGUCGUACAUAAUGUCUUUUCGGUUUGUGCAUUUGAACCAAACACUGAAGCUUCGAUUUGACACAUCAAAUGGCGACCGGCAGGGGUUUUUGCUGGGUGAAAACAGUCAUCGCGGUGGAAGUUUACAGGAGCGCAUAAGAGCGGUGCAGAAAAUUGCCAACAUAUACCAUCAGCUUACCGAAAUCACGUUUCAGUUGAACGGACAGUUUGCAGAUGUGCUGGCGCUUAAUAUAGUAGUGAUGCUAAUGUUUAGCGUAUUUAAUAUCUUUGCUCUGCUUAAGGUUUACGCCAGCGACGAUUCUCGUACACUAAUGUUCUCCGUGUUUAACCUAUGUGGUGGGUUGUUUUACUCUUUGAUGUUCUUGCCAAUCGUUGGACUGUCGCAAAUGGUAUCCAAAGAGAGCAAGCUAACGGGCGUACUACUACACAAGGCUAUGAAUAAUGAAUCUAAUGGCGCAUUGAUACGAUCUAUGAUGCUAUUCUCAAGACAGAUCCGUAACAGGUCAGCUAUUAUCGCAUCAAGAAACAUCGUAAUAGAUUGGCCGUUCAUAUUUCAAACUAUAGCGGUUUUGGUGUCCUAUUUGGUGAUUCUGUUGCAAUUUGAUGCGGCUAUACGAUAAAACUCCUACAAAGGUCG